AUGCAAUUUGGGAUGCUUCAAGGCGCAGCCAAGCUGCAGAAAGUUACUCAGUUACUGGCGUCUCUCGAGAAGGACUUGAAGGAGAGUACUUUGACGACUCAACGAAGAGUGCAGACUCUCCUAGAGCUACGGCAACAUGGCACAAACCCCAAAGAUGCUGAUCCGAUCUAUUCCAAGGAUGGUUUAGGAGUUCUGAUGAAAUACGGCGUGGACGGGGAAACCGCCGACGUUCGCCGGUCUGCUUUGCGCUGUGUCGCGAAUGCUCUCCUGUUGAACCCGAACAUGCGUCAGGUCUUUGUAGACACUGGAUACGCUAGUAGGCUUUCAGAGGGUCUCAAGUGUGAUGUCUCAGAUGAUGAAAUGAUGGCCAGUCGGAUUUUAUUUUUUUCUUCAGACAGGACUACGAUGGAUGUCGAGAAGCUUGUUGACGGACAUGCACUGGGAAUAAAUCUCAAUUAUCAAAUUUCCCGACAUACAGCCCAAUUUCCCGAGUCAGGGAAAGCGGUCCUCUCUCAGAUGGACGAGUUGGCUUUGACUGAUACCCUGAAAUUGACCUACCUGAUUGCCUCACGCAGUGCUGAAAUGGCCGAAACUUUCUCGCCAUCGCUCCCUCAUAUGUUUACGAUCCUCAGUCGUGCUGAUAUUCCCGCUAAGCCGUUGGAUGAAGUCGUUGGUCAACUGAUCAAUUGUAUUUCGGCACUUGACCAUGAAGGGGGGAAGGUCAAGCAGCUAGAAGACAGCAUUCUCUUCCCAACGACUAAUGAGAAUGGGAUCGUUGACAAACUGAUCAAAGUUCUGGAUAAAACCAUGUCUGUCUACGGCCCAGCUGAACUCGAACCGAGAGCAAUCCCACUCCUCUACACCCUCACUGUGAUCUGCGAGAGAGCACCAGACGGCCCUCGCGAACAUAUGAAGCAGCUUCUUUUACCCGAAAACGAGGACCGAAGCCAGCCAAUAGGGCAAUCAGACACACUCUCUUCCAAACUGCUGAAAACCACAAACUCACCUUAUUCGCAGUUGAGAAUACUUAUCUUUGAGCUCAUGUUCGUUCUUUCAGACAGGGAUGCCGAGACCCUCACGAAGAACAUUGGGUACGGAUAUGCCUCUGGAUUCCUGGCAACUCGUGGCAUGGAAGUUCCCAAGAUGGGCGGAGAGGGAGAGUCGGGUGGACUGAAUCCAGAAAUCAACCCGAUUACUGGCCAGAAGUGGUCCGCAGAGCCGCAGGACACGGGGCCGCCUAUGACCAGAGAAGAGAAGGAGAGGGAAGCGGAAAGACUCUUUGUGCUUUUUGAGAGGGCUAGAGCAAACGGAAUCUUGAACGUGGAGAAUCCUGUCCGGGUGGCGCAACAGGAAGGAAGAUUUGAAGAGUUGUCUGAUUCCGACGACGAAUAA